UUCUGCUCACAUCUCAUUGGCCGGAAUUUAGUCUCGGGCGCACACCGAGCUGCAAGGGAGGCUGGGAACUGUGGCCACCGGCUGGGUGGCCACUUGCCCCUGGGCAGUGUUUCAUAACCCAAAGGAAGGAAGGAAGGAAAAAAGACAAAACAGGAAAACCCGAAGGAAGAAGUGAUGUGUGGAUGCUGAGACAGUUCCUGCCACAGAAGUGUUUCCAGUGUGUCUGGCAAAUGCUUGGUGAAGGUUUUUCAUGCUUUUUCCAUGUCCAGAGCUUGCUUAUUUGCUUGCUUGCUUGAUUUGUUGCCGCGCCUUGAGCUUGUGGGAUUUCAGUUCCCCAGUCGGAUGGAACUUGGGGCCCUUGGCAUUGAGAGCACGGAGUUCUAACGACUGGCCCAUCAGGGAAUUCCCCAGAGCAUUAUUUAUUUAUUUUUAAAAGAACUUUUCAUUUUUAAUUUCUUAAAAAGCAUGUUCACAGCACACUCCAAGAAUCCCACACAGCAGUGGUUUGCUUCUGUUGUCAAGAGUAUAUCAGAAGACAAAAAACAAGAUUUAAUGGUUUUUAAAAUUAGUUUUUGGAGAUGUCUGUAACAUUCGUAAUCAGCAGUCAUCUAAGUAUCUGUUUGUAGUGGGAAGCGUUUCAGAAAUGUAUUGAGUCCCCCAGGUCACACUUCUCUGAAAUGCAGUCAAAAGUUACAACAGAAACAAACAUAAAUAUUUUUCUAGAAAGAGCACACAUAUUUGGCAUUUUAAAAUAAUUUUAACGGAGAAGUUUUCAAGUGUAAAUAAUAUUUAGAUUUUUAUUUUCUAUUGCCAGACAGAAAGUUUAGGUCUUCAGUGACUGCAAUCUGACUGCAGUAACAGGAGGAGUGAUUCUGUUGUAGUGGGUGAGCUUCAGUCCUAACGAGGCCAGUGUAGCAUAAUUUAGACCCAUGCUGCGCGGGGCCUUUCUGUGACGAUGGCAAUGUUCUGUUUUCUGAAUCGUCCAGUAUUGUCACCAUGACCACAGGGGACCGUCACGCACCUCACACGGCUCAUGCAGCUGAAGAGAUGGACUUUUAAGUUUCAUUUUCGUUAAUUUUAGCCGAAUGUGGCUGGUGGUUACUCUUUUUUUAUUUUUUAUUUAUUUUUAUUUUUUUUUUUGGUUACUCUUUUUUGGCAGCACACAUCUGGACCAUGGGAGUGAAGGGAGUCGUUAGACUGUGUUUGAUGUCACAUUCAAAGUUUCUGGCCAGCCUGGGCCGGUGCCGGAGCGUGAAGGAGUUUGAGAAGCUGAACCGCAUUGGGGAAGGCACCUACGGCAUCGUGUAUCGGGCCCGGGAUACCCAAACGGAUGAGAUUGUCGCCCUGAAGAAAGUGCGGAUGGACAAGGAGAAGGACGGAGUCCCCAUCAGCAGCCUGCGGGAGAUCACUCUGCUCCUGCGCCUCCGGCAUCCGAACAUCGUGGAGCUGAAGGAGGUGGUUGUGGGGACCCACCUGGAGAGCAUCUUCCUGGUGAUGGGUUACUGUGAGCAGGACCUGGCCAGCCUGCUGGAGAACAUGCCGACACCCUUCUCCGAGGCCCAGGUCAAGUGCAUCGUGUUGCAGGUGCUCCGGGGCCUCCAGUACCUGCACCAGAACUUCAUCCUCCACAGGGAUCUGAAGGUCUCUAACUUGCUCAUGACGGAUAAGGGCUGCGUGAAGACAGCGGAUUUCGGCCUGGCCCGAGCCUAUGGCAUCCCGGUGAAGCCAAUGACCCCCAAGGUGGUCACCCUCUGGUACCGAGCCCCUGAGCUGCUGCUGGGGACCACCACGCAGACCACCAGCAUCGACAUGUGGGCCACGGGCUGCAUCCUGGCCGAGCUGCUGGCCCACAAGCCCCUUCUCCCCGGCACGUCCGAGAUCCACCAGGUGGACCUGAUCGUACAGCUGCUGGGGACACCCAGUGAGCACAUCUGGCCGGGCUUCUCCCAGCUGCCGCUGGUCAGCCAGUACAGCCUGAGGAAGCAGCCCUACAACAACCUGAAGCACAAGUUCCCCUGGCUCUCGGAGGCCGGCCUGCGCCUGCUGAACCUCCUCUUCAUGUACGACCCCAAGAAGAGGGCGACGGCCAGCGACUGCCUGGAGAGCUCUUACUUCAAGGAGAAGCCUCUGCAUGGGGCACUGCUGUGUGUAAGACUGUUCUCAGGGCUGCGCCUUCACCCCUCACAACGGACCUUGAGCUGCACUGUUCUCACAGCCAGGAGAAGGCAGAAGCAGACCAUGUUCACUUCACGUCUGCCCCAACACUGAAGCCU